UCAACUUCAGCUGACUUCCUAAAUUUUGACAUGUUUGGUGUCGCCGCAGCGUCAACGCAUCUGUGGGUCCGACCAAGAAUCUCAUCGAGCAGGGAUGCGUUUAACGUGUCCAACGAUUUCCAUCCUUCUCAUCCUCACCAACUUCACCAAGGCCUGCCUGAGCCACAAUGCGAGCGAUGAAACUGUGCUCUUGAAGGUCCUGGUUGGCUUCGGAUUCAAAAAAAGUCUGGGAUGCCUGGAGUCUUGGGUGCGCUGCAAUGACCAGGGCCAGGCCGUCUUCUUGGAUCUCACACGACGAGUUCGGAGACGGGAUGACUUAGAUGACGGCCAAUUUGUGCACAUUCCCAAGGAGUUGGGGGAACUGCAGGCCUUGGAAUGGCUUUAUUUGGACCAGAACCGGCUUGCUGGAACUAUUCCACCUGAGCUGGGGAUGCUCCAGAGCCUGAAGAGCCUAGACCUUACGGAAAACAAUUUGGAGGGCCAUCUGCCAGAAGAACUUGGGCAGUUGGAGAACCUAACCUGGCUUUCUUUGAGCUUGAACCGCUUCAGUGGCAAAAUCCCAGAAAGUUUUGGAAAUUUGUGGAACUUGGAAGUUUUGGAUCUGAGACGAAACGCUUUCAGUGGAGAAGUCCCAAAGUCAUUGGGGCGGCUCAGCCAGUUAGAGCGGCUGCGCUUGAAUCACAACCAUUUGGAAGGAAGAAUCCCACAAGAGUUGGGUCAGCUGAAAAACUUGAAGGAACUUCUCCUACAGCAAAACUGCUUCAAUGGAGAGCUUCCUGCCGAGUUGGGGAACCUCCAAGCUCUACAAACGCUCAUGAUCUCAGAAAAUCAACUUCAAGGACAGAUUCCAAAGGAGCUCGGUCAAAUGGCUGUGCUCAAAUACCUGAUUCUCAGUCAAAAUCAACUCAGUGGAAACAUCCCGCGAGAGCUGGGGCAUUUGAGCAAACUGAAGAGGCUCAACCUCUACGGCAACAACCUGACUGGUAAGAUUCCACCCGAGCUUGGUCACCCUCCAGAAUUCUAUUGGUUAUUCUUGGACCGCAAUAAUUUACAAGGAGAGAUACCGCCUGAGCUGGGCCGAUUGAAAUCUUUGCAAAGGUUGUCACUGGGCAAAAAUCAGCUGAGCGGCCAGAUUCCUACCAGCCUCAGCCACCUGAAGCAGCUGAAAUGGCUAAACCUGUGCCAGAAUCAACUCACAGGAACCAUUCCUGAAGAACUAGGGAACAUGAGAAACCUACGCUGGCUCCACUUGGACGGAAACCACCUAAGUGGUUCUAUUCCGAAAGCACUGGAAGAUUUAGUGUGGCUGACAGCUUUGGAUCUCAGCCACAACCGCUUCACCAGGAUAUCCGUGAACUUCACCAAGUUGCUUCACUUGCAGACGUUGGACCUCAGUCGCAACUUACUGAGUGGAGAGCUGCCGGCAAUGCAGCCUGGAACCGAACAGGUUGAUCUGAGCCGCAACAACUUCAUAGGCAACCUCACUUGGACUGAAGCCUUUUGCACGAAAGGGGAAGCGAAGCAACGCAAACGAGAAAACGUAGCAGAUGGAGAGAAAGGAAGGAGAAGAGGAAAGAAAAGAGCAACGAAAAAUCGACGAUUCAGAAAAAGGAAGAGGAGAAAGAAGAGUGCUGAAGCAGCGAGAGAGAAGAGAACAGGCUUACAGGGGCUGCGGCUGAACCACAACUCUUUCACGGGGAAGAUUCCCGCAUGCCUGAUGCAGUUGAACAGUUUGAAGCAUCUCUCCUUGAACAACAACCGUCUACAUGGUCGCAUUCCAGCCAUCAAUGCCACUCAGCUGGUGGUCUUGGCUCUGCAUCGCAAUGACUUGUCCGGUGCAGUCCCAGAAUCGCUGCAAAAUUUGAGCCAUCUCGCCGUUUUGACUUUACAUGAGAACUCUCUGGAUGGUGCGAUCGGCCCUUUGAAGCUCACUUCACCGUGUAUCGACAACGACAAGAUGAACGUCCGUGGAUUUGGCUGUAGUGUCUUGCGUCUGAUACUCCGACCCCGGCAAUCUCCGGGAAACGAAACCGAUUGCAGCCCGCUGCAGGCUUCACCGUCUGCUUCGCAGGAUGAAGCGCAAAGUCAGAAGCUCCUUUCAGCUGAAGAGAUGGAGUUGGUCAAAAGGAACUGCCCGGACCUGUGCAAGACAUGUCAAAACGGCGAGCCUGCGAAAGCAACCUUUCACCACAACCGCUUCUCCUGCGAGUUGCCUGAAAGCAUCAGCGAGGGGGUUGCGACCUAUGCCACUGUGGUCAUGGGAAACAUGGUCGGCCACGGCCAGAGACUCAACGUAAGCUGGAUCUCAGCAGAGGAGAACUUUGCCUUCCUUUAUUAUUCACCUAGAAUCUGGAGUGCCCAGGUCACAGUGAUAAGUUCCAUUCUUGCUAUGGCCUUGGGCGCUGUUGUGUUUCAUCAGCAGUUUCGAUCAUUUUGGAAGUCUUCGCAAAGGAUGUUGCAGUCCACUCCUGCUACUCCGGGUCCUCGCGUGGUAGCGUCCAACCUGGUACUCCUCAAGGUCGCCAGCUGUAACUCGUGCCAUACUGGCAAGAGAAGCAAUGGCCUCCACCCUCAGAGCGAUGGCCUCCAACCAAUAGGGAACCGUGUGAGGGUCAACUUGCGGGCCCACUUGCGGGUUGGCACCGUUCUACUAGCGUGUCCUCUUCUUCUUGUGUGCCUAUUGGGCACUGGGUACUAUACAUGUGCCCCACCCUUGUCUCAAAUCACGGUUGCGAAUUUGAAAGACAACGACCAUCGAAUAGAUUUGGCCGUGCUACUGCUGUGGUCUGCGAUGCUGUUUCUCUUUCGCAGUAUACCUGCAAGCAUGCCAAAGUGCUGCCGUUUGCAAACAGAUAUUGCCAACAUUCUCAGUGUGCGAGCAGUGUUGGUGAGGGUGGCUGCCUGGUUUGUCUGGGUGUGCAUUGUCAUUCUGCUGUCUCUCCCAUCCAUUCUCUUCGCUGUCGCGCAGGCUGUACCCGCCAACGCGGCUGGCUUAAACGAGAAGGUGUUAAGCUGGAUCCAUCGAGCUGCUCCGUAUUUGAUCGUGUUGAUUGAACUGCUUCUGGCGCAUCCUUUGUCCACAAAAUAUUCUGCCCGCAGCGGCAUUGAAGCGGACAGGCUAUUGAUGACAUUUCGUUUGUCUUCUGCCUGGUUCAUGUCCUUGCUAGCGACAGCGUUUCUGCACGAAAAUUGCUUCGCUGGCUGGAAGCUGUUCUGGGUUGUUUGCCAGGAGAGUUCAGCUGAGCACGAAGCAUUCAACUGGAAGCUUUGGAGUCAGGAGAUCUUGUUCGCCAAGAAGGAUAUGUGCCGCUUAGGGGAACGUUGGUGGGUGGAUGGCCGCUGCACCCGCUCCAUAGUGGAUGGUUUGACACCCUUGCUACUGAAAAAGUUGCUUGUCCGGAGCGUGGUGGUGCCCUUGGUGUUAUUGCCGCUUUGGUAUUCCUCGCGGCUGGAUACAUCUUGCGCGCCUUUAAAUGCUCAGAAGGGGCGCCACCUCAGGCUUUUGGGAGGCCUCAAAGUGACUGGGUCUUUGGUGCCUCUGCGUCAAACUGCCCUCCUCACAACCUUCAUGGAAGUUCUUUUCUUCUGGAGCCCACUCAUACCUUUGCUGAGCCUUUGCAUUCUCAGCGCAACGGCGGCCAAUUUCUUCCUUUUCGACGUUGGAAUCCGGAGCUUCAAUGUGCAAGUGCCGUUGGACGCCAUGAACCAAAGUGCCACCCUUUCAAGGUGCGAAAGUGGUUUUUCCCCAGAGUGUUUGAUCAAAGGGUUCUUCUGAAAAACAUGGCAUCGCUAGUAGGUUGAAGGCCAUCGCUACUAGGAGCAAGGACGCCACUAGGGGCUCCUGGCCUUACUACUAGGAGCAAUGUUCGCUACUAGGGGCUCCUGGCAUCGCUACUAGGAGCAAGAAGCUACUACUAGUAUUGAAAUUAGCUGUUGACGUUGAACUUCGCGAUUGUUUGUGCAGGUCUAGUGGGGCACUUUGACAUGAAAAUUGACGAUUUGCUGCGUGUUUCUAGUUUCUACAUGUGUGUUCACACUGUCAAGGGGCAAUUGAGAAGUAGCUGUCUACAUGAAGAUUGUGCUAUCUGGAAGCAUGUCCAUGCUUUUAAUUUUAUGGGUGUGUUGACACUGUGAAGCUGCACUUUGAAAAGUAGCAAUGUGCAUUGGCAUUUGCAACAUUUGGAAGCCUUUGUGACUGUAGCGCAGAUCUUGUGGGCGCUUUGACAUGACAUGUGAUGUGGAACCUUUUAAAUGUUGCAAGAGGCUUGUGGGAUACUUCGUCAUGAGGCGUGACACGUGGUGAGUAGAUCUAUAGUGAUGAGCGGAUAGCUGGCAAGUGAACUGAGGCAGUGGUGAAAGGGAUGUGUUGACACUGUGAAGGGGUGCUUUGAGGAUUCGCCGUUUGUAAAUUAAAAGAAGAGCGAAACUAUUUUGACUGUCACACAGUUCUUGUGGGGCACUUUGGCAUAAAAUGUAAAAUCUAGGUGUUUGUAGACAGAAGAUCCAUGUGAUGAGCGGAUUGUUCGCGCUUGCUCCUGGAGGCAAGGAUGAAACACAUGCGUUUGCGUUGUGAAGGAUUAGCUGUCGACUUUGUCACUGUUGCGCAGAUCUGGCAGGGCGCUUUGACAUCAAACGUGACUUGUACGUGUUUGUAGACAGUAGAAGUAUGAUGAGCAAACUGCUGGUACUCGGAAGUGGGUCAGUGAUGAAGCAGGUGAUGUCGUGGAGUGUGUGGAAUUCGCGCCCAUUGAGGAAAUUGCGGAUCCUUUCUUGAUGGUUUCGAAUAUCGCAGCGCGUGCUGUAAAUCCUUCCUUUCUCUCACCUUUACCUGCACUUUACUGUCCCCUUCACUUCCCCCCAUUCACAAUCUUCUUCAUGUUCUUCUCAAACCUCCUUCCUAUCAUUUUUCUUCACUAUCGGGCCACCUGUCGUCUAGUUCGUUCUUGAUUCAGUUUCUUUGGACAUCUUCCCAAAGAGCCCCUCAAACGUGCCGCAGAAAAGAUCCCUUCAAUCAGGUCCUACAUGACUUUGGCUCUGGCAGCAAGCUGCUGUUUCCAACUCUGGCAUGCAUUUGGUGCCAAGAUGUAUGGGCGCUAUACACUACUUGCUGUGCAUAUAGCACUCAUGGGGCCCUGGGCAAGAUGCAUUUUGCCCUUGAAGAUGGCCAGACGAUUCUUUUGGGCUGAUUUGGAGGGUGCUGGAAGCCCAGCAGGUAUGACGAUUGAGCUGGGAGAUGCUGCCGCCAAGUGAUUCCAAAUCUGUCAAACACGGUUUUCAUUUCCCAUUCUUGCAGGACUUCUCAGGACGCGACCAUUUGUGAUAUUCCAAGUCCAAUUCCAAGGGCUGCGUGCGCAGAGAAAUCCUCCGCGGGCUUUGUGGGCCCCACAGGCUCACAAUUCUGUCGACCGAUAAAGGGUCCCAUGGGCCCCAUGGCUUCGUGGUUGGCUUCGUCUGAGAUUUUCACGGAGAGCGACCCGAAACAAAGGCAAGCACAUUUUGCACAGAGCGCCCAGAGACAAAGGCACCAGAUGCCUUAGCCGGCUCAACCCAAUGCAGUUUCCAGCAGUGCAUGUUCGCAAGUCCAUGCAGGAAACUCGACUGUUCAGUUGGACGGGUGAAAGAAAACCUCCCCGUUCUUUCUUGUAGCCAAUCCUUAUGUUUUUACAUGACCUUGUGCAACAUGUCAAAAGGUAUUGCCCUUCUUGCAUGCACACUCAG